AAUAGACCCUUGUUAGCAGAAAAACCAGAUAUCAUAGUAGCGACACCUAGCAAAGUACUUACACACCUAGAAUCCAAUUCGAUGUCCCUCACAGACUCACUUCAGUUCUUGGUCAUCGAUGAAGCGGAUCUUGUUCUCAGUUUCGGCUAUGAAGACGAUCUACGAAAAAUUACAUCUAAAUAUCUACCUAAAAUAUACCAAAGCUUUCUUAUGUCAGCCACGUUCACUAACGAAAUUGAAUCGCUCACUUCUCUCGUGCUUCGAAAUCCAGCAAUCAUAGCAUUAGACGAUACAAAGGAAGAAAUGGAGUCACUCACACAAUACGUUGUGCAAUGCUCAGAAUUCGAUAAAUUUUUAUACACCUUCUUGAUGAUGAAGUUAAAAUUGAUCAAGGGCAAAAUUUUGGUGUUUGUUAAUGAUAUUGACCGUUGUUACAAACUCAAGUUGUUCUUGGAACAGUUCUCGAUAAAGUCCUGUGUAUUGAAUUCAGAAUUGCCGUUGAAUUCAAGAUAUCAUAUUGUGGAAGAGUUCAAUCGUGGUAUUUACGAUUAUUUGAUUGCUACGGAUGAAACUGAAUUGAAAGGCGAAGUUGAUAGUGAGGACGAAGAAAGUAAGAACGAAGAAGAUGAAGCAGAAGUAGAGGUCGAGGCAGAAGAUAAAUCUCAAAAGAAAAAGAAAAAGAAUAAAAAAGCUCAAAAAGAUAAAGAAUAUGGUGUUUCACGUGGUAUCGAUUUCCAAGGAGUAGCAGCUGUCAUAAAUUUUGAUUUCCCUAGUUCCUCUAAAGCUUAUACACAUCGUAUCGGACGUACAGCUAGAGGUGGUCAACGUGGCAUGAGUUUAUCGUUCGUUGUGCCGAAAGAUCUGAUGGAAGAAAAGAACAAAGACGUGGCCAGAGGCCGACAUGUUUGUGACGAUGCUGUCUAUGACAGAGUUAAAAAGCAACAAGAAGCAAAAGGAGGUGAAUUGAAGCCGUACAGUUUUGACAGCAAGAAUGUCUCAGGCUUCCGAUAUCGUGUGCAGGAUGCUUUAAAGGCUGUCAAUAAAGUGGCGAUCAAAGAAGCACGAAUCAAAGAAAUCAAACGUGAAAUUUUCAAUUCUGAAAAAUUGAAGGCACAUUUCGAAGAUAAACCUAAGGAUUUAGAGUUUUUACGACACGAUCAUGCUUUACAACCAGCAAAGGUACAACAACAUAUGAAACAUAUUCCAUCUUAUCUAAUGCCGCACAUCUCUAUGCCAACCGCUAUGGCCCAUAACAAUACCGAACCAAUGGACGUCAGCCUGAAAUCACAAAAGCGUAAACGAGGAGGAGCGUUCAAGAAGGGUCCAAAUAAGGUAAGACUUUGGACACUGUUUUUAGUUUUCAUAGGUAGAUGGCCUACUAACUUGGUUUUUUUUUCUAACAAUUGAAGAAACGUAAGGAUCCGUUGAAGGUUGUUCGCAGGAAGUAGUUAUUGCUAUUAUACUUUAGUAUUUCAUGAAAAUAGAAUAAAUAGGAAACAUAGAUUAUGCCAAAGAGUUAGUGAUGUUUGAUUAGAGAGAAUGGGACAAGAGUAAAAUAAAUAAAAAACGGGCUGCUGAAUAAAUAUUAGAAUAAAUAAUGGGAGAGGGUUGUUUCUUAUGAAAUCUAAUCUGGCGAUAA